CGAAAUACUACCCGGAAAGAGCAGUGGCGUGCAUUAGACAACAGCGCGUGAGAUGGGAGAUGCACUGAAUGAAAUGUUGUAAGGGAUAUUCAACGUCAAAUAUUUAUAUUUUUUGUGCUAUUAGUUUAUUAGGAUGUCGGCGUCUGCUAUAUUCAUCCUGGACCUUAAAGGAAAGGUGUUGAUCAGUCGUAACUACAUGGGAAACAUGGACAUGAAUGAGGUCGACCACUUCAUGCCCAUUAUGAUGAGGAUGGAGGAGGACGCAGACUCAUCGCCCCUGGUGACACACGGCUCCGCCCACUUCCUGUGGAUCAAACACAGAAACCUCUACUUGGUGGCAAUGACCAAGAAGAAUGCCAAUGCAGCCCUGGUCUACUCCUUCCUCUACAAAAUGGUGGAGGUGUUUAAGGAGUACUUUAAGGAGCUGGAGGAGGAGAGUAUCCGUGACAACUUUGUGACGGUGUAUGAGCUGAUGGACGAGGUCAUGGACUUUGGCUUCCCUCAGACCACAGACAGCAAGAUCCUGCAAGAGUACAUCACCCAACAGGGUCACAAGCUGGAUGUGGGCGCCCCUCGCCCCCCCGCCACCGUCACCAACGCUGUGUCCUGGAGGUCGGAGGGCAUCAAGUACAGGAAGAACGAGGUGUUCAUGGACGUCAUCGAGUCCGUCAACUUACUGGUGAGUGCUACCGGCAGUGUCCUGCGUAGUGAGAUCGUGGGCAGCAUCAAGCUCAAGGUGGUCCUGUCUGGGAUGCCUGAACUCAGACUGGGCCUCAACGACAAAGUGCUCUUUGAAAUCACAGGACGAGAGAAAAGUAAGACGGUAGAGCUGGAGGAUGUCAAGUUCCAUCAAUGUGUCCGUCUGUCCCGCUUCGAGAACGACCGCACCAUCUCCUUCAUCCCCCCUGACGGAGAGUCCGAGCUCAUGUCCUACCGCCUCAACACCACGGUGAAGCCUCUGAUAUGGAUUGAGAGUGUGAUUGAGAAGUUCUCCCACAGCCGAGUGGAGAUCAAGGUUAAGGCCAGGAGUCAGUUUAAGAGUCGCUCCACUGCCAACAAUGUGGCCAUCAUGGUACCUGUGCCCAGCGAUGCCGACUCGCCCAAAUUCAAGACGAGCACAGGCAGCUGCAAGUAUCUUCCCGAGAAGAGCGUGGUGCAGUGGAACAUCAAGUCCUUCCCUGGGGGGAAAGAGUACAUGAUGAGGGCUCACUUUGGUCUGCCUAGUGUGGAGAGUACUGAGUUGGAGGGGAGAAGGCCCAUCACUGUGAACUUUGAGAUCCCCUAUUUCACUGUAUCUGGUAUCCAGGUACGCUAUCUGAAGAUCAUUGAGAAAAGUGGCUAUGAGGCCUUACCAUGGGUACGCUAUAUAACACAGAGUGGAGAUUAUCAACUCCGGACAAACUAAGGGCGAGCCUGCUUCUAGACAAAUAUAUCGUCAAUCUCUCCCUCUCUCUGGGAGUGAGGGACAACACAGGACAAGGAAAGGGGAACUUUCACCACUGUCAAUUCUCAAAGGACCAUGUAGUCAUCUUGCAGACAUGAGGACCUUCAAGACUCAAUUUCCCUUCAGAACUCGACUGUUGUCACCUUCGACCUUUGCUGUGUUACAUCAUCUGGAGAAACAUGUUUUAUCUUUUUAGAAUAAUGAACUUAGUGGUUUUCUUACUGGUCACAUUGUAAACAUUUGUAUAGUUGUAUUUUCUUCUUAAAGCUGGAAGAAUUCAGGACAUUUAUGAUCUCUGAAGUGUGAACGUUGAAACCUGUGUACAGCAUUGAUAUAAAAUGAUAUCUGGUUGGUGUGGAUGCUAGCGGUUGACGUUAUCUUGGGGCCAGCUGUAAGCAUAUAAUCCCCACUGUGUCCAAUGAGAUGAACACCAAGAUAAUGAAUAGGCCUGCAUAAUAUCAGCAGCUGUGUAUUACCAUAUUGUUGUCACAGUUCCUAGACAUGUGCUUGUACUCAGCUGAUGACUACGAGGAAAAGACUGAAGGAAUUCUCUGUGUGCAAAUUACAAUUAUGUAGUGUUUCUAACAGUCUUGUGAUACAGACACAUUUAACGCCUCGAGGAAAAGCCACGAUCAAAAUAAGUAAACCAAUAAUACAGGUGGUCCGAUAUCAAGAGAAUGUUGUUUAGAUAGGAAACAAAGUGAACAUAUCUAUGUCAAUGUGUCCCCACCAAACAUACACCCAACUUUUUCAAAGCAGCUAUUGGUUGGUAUGGUUACAGUAGUAUGUUGUGCGUGCAAUGCAUCACCCCUCAUAUCAGUUCUGGUUCUCUAUGCCAGGGAAAUAGCUCUGAUUCUCUCUGCCAGGGAAAUAGCUCUGGUAUGCUGUGUGUAGGCAUACUGUAUGAAAUCCAGACCUGGUUUCAAAUACAUGUUUAUUUGAGUAUUUCUUAUUUAAAUACACAUUUUCUGUAUAUUUGAGUAUUCUCAAAUGUGGUGAAUCAACUUUUUUUCAAAAUACUAUUUUCAAAUACCUGGGAUAGAUGCAUGGGAGUAUAUUUGAGACAGUCUAUUUGAAUAUUUUGAAAUACUUUCCAAGUGUAUUUCCAAAUAUAUUCCAAUAUUCAACUACUUGUUUUUCCAAAUAAAAAAUAAAUACUUACUUCCAGAUGUCUUUGAAAGUAAUUGAAAUAGCCUAAAUAGUAUGUGAACCCAGGUCUGAUAAUCUCAUAUUAAACCAUCCAUAUAAAAUGGCUGAUUAUGAGGAACAGGACAAAUAUGACUACACUCGUCCAGAUAUUCUCUCCAGUGGGGGUUUAAUGAUUGAAAACCACAAUCUAUUAAUAUCUUAUUUAUUAACCUCUAUGUCAAUGGGAGACAAAGGGAUCUAGAUAGAAAUAAAUAAAUUACUUUGUACCUUA